ACAAAGCUGCUGAGUCUCAACACCCAGAUAAGGAGAUUAGAGGUGAGGCUUCUGCUUCGGCACCUUCCCCUUGGAGCUGCAGGUCUGACUGACCCCUCAGCUGGUCGCUCCAAGUGUUGACUCUCUGGAAGCUUCAUUUUGGGCAAAAAAAAAAAAAAUGUGUGAUCAGACCUUUCUAGUUAACGUAUUUGGCUCCUGUGACAAAUGUUUCAAACAACGAGCUCUGAGGCCAGUUUUCAAGAAAUCUCAACAGCUCAGCUACUGUUCAAUGUGUGCAGAAAUUAUGGCAACCGAUGGGCUGCACGAGAACCAGACGCUGGCGUCGCUGAAGAGCGAGGCCGAGAGCCUCAAGGGCAAACUGGAGGAGGAGCGGGCCAAGCUGCACGACGUGGAGCUACACCAGGUUGCGGAGCGGGUGGAGGCCCUGGGGCAGUUUGUCAUGAAGACCAGAAGGACCCUCAAAGGCCAUGGGAACAAAGUUCUCUGCAUGGACUGGUGCAAAGAUAAGAGAAGGAUCGUGAGCUCAUCCCAGGAUGGGAAGGUGAUCGUGUGGGAUUCCUUCACUACUAACAAGGAGCACGCGGUCACUAUGCCCUGCACGUGGGUGAUGGCUUGUGCGUAUGCCCCAUCAGGAUGCGCCAUUGCAUGCGGUGGUUUGGAUAAUAAGUGUUCUGUGUAUCCACUGACAUUUGACAAAAAUGAAAACAUGGCUGCCAAAAAGAAGUCAGUCGCUAUGCAUACCAACUACCUGUCUGCCUGCAGCUUCACCAACUCAGACAUGCAAAUCCUGACGGCGAGCGGCGAUGGCACAUGUGCCCUGUGGGACGUGGAGAGCGGACAGCUGCUGCAGAGUUUCCAUGGGCACGGGGCCGAUGUGCUCUGCUUGGACCUGGCCCCCUCAGAAACAGGCAACACCUUCGUGUCUGGGGGAUGUGACAAGAAAGCCAUGGUGUGGGACAUGCGCUCUGGCCAGUGCGUGCAGGCCUUUGAAACACACGAAUCCGACAUCAACAGUGUCCGAUACUACCCAAGUGGAGAUGCCUUUGCUUCAGGAUCAGAUGAUGCUACGUGUCGCCUCUACGACCUCCGGGCAGACAGGGAGGUCGCCAUCUAUUCCAAAGAGAGUAUCAUAUUUGGAGCAUCCAGUGUGGACUUCUCCCUCAGUGGUCGCCUGCUGUUUGCUGGAUACAAUGAUUAUACCAUCAAUGUCUGGGAUGUUCUCAAGGGGUCCAGAGUCUCCAUCCUGUUUGGACAUGAAAACCGCGUUAGCACUCUACGAGUUUCCCCCGACGGGACUGCUUUCUGCUCAGGGUCAUGGGAUCAUACCCUAAGAGUCUGGGCUUAAUCGUCUCUUCACAAUGCACACCUGAGAGUAGAAUUUGAAAUCAUCACAUGUAAACAGAUCUUUCUUCUAGAGGAUCUGAGGGCUACUGCAACUUAGCUUAAAGGAGCAACUCUAUGGCUGAAGUUCACUCAGCGUCCCCAAUAUUACCAUUAAAACUACCACCCUUGGAAAGAUACUGGUGUGAGCCUCCAGCACUAGGACACCUUCAAGUACAGUGUCUUGCAUUUUGAACACUUUUUAAAAUUUAUCCAUUUUUAAGGUUAUUCUAGUUAUAUAGUCUCAUCUCAUUCUAUUACCAACAGGAUUCAGCAUUUAACAUAUCCUGUAGUACUUCCUUAAAUGAAAUUUGUUUUCAGAGCACUUUAAAA